CAUCCUCACGCAUUCGGUGCGGUCCUCUGACAUCCUUGACCUGCUCUCAAAAUGGCUUUCCGCGCGCCUUUCCGCGCUCUUUCUACUGUUGCCCGUUCAAAGUUGAGGGUGGGGCUGAUUCCCGGGGAUGGAAUUGGCGCGGAGGUCAUACCGGCGGCGCGACGGGCCAUAGAGGCUUUGGGCUCGGACAUCCCCAAGACCGAGUUCGUCGAUCUGGAGGCAGGCUUCGAGCUCUUUGCUCGUUCCGGGGAUGCCCUGCCAGAGGAGACCGUUGAGGCUCUGGGGGAGUGCGACUGUGCGCUCUUUGGUGCCGUUAGCUCACCGAUCAAGAAAAUUACGGGAUAUUCAUCGCCCAUCGUCGCUCUGCGUAAGAAGCUGGACUUGUAUGCUAAUGUCAGGCCCGUGGUAUCUGUCGCUGCAAAGGGCGCUGAGGACACCAAGCCCGUCGACUUGGUGGUUGUGCGCGAAAAUACGGAGUGCCUCUACGUUAAGCAGGAGAGUCAGACAACCUCAGAGAGGGGCAAGGAAGCCCGUGCGAUACGUCUCAUCACGGAGUACGCAUCCCAGCGGAUAGGCAAAAUGGCCUUUGAACUUGCACUCGGAAGGCCACGUCAGGUCUUCACCAUCAUUCACAAGUCGAAUGUCCUCUCUGUCACGGACGGGCUUUUCAGAGAGAGCGUUCGUAGCGUUCCUCGAUUGGUCGAGAAUGGCAGAUACGACAAUGUAAAAAUCGAGGAGCAGAUCGUCGACAGCGCUGUUUAUCGGUUAUUCCGCGAGCCUCAAAUAUAUGAUGUAAUGGUGGCCCCCAACCUCUACGGAGACAUCAUCUCCGACGCUGCCGCCGCGCUGGUUGGCUCCCUCGGUCUGGUCCCGUCAAUUAACGCCGGGGACAACUUCGUCAUGGGUGAACCAGUACACGGAUCAGCUCCCGACAUUGCUGGUCAGGGCAUCGCGAACCCGUUGGCUUCGAUCCGCUCGGCCGCUCUCAUGCUCAGGCAUCUUGGAUAUACUAGCGGAGCCGACAGAUUGGAACGAGCGGUGAACGAAGUGCUCUACGAGGCCCAGGUACUGACGCCGGAUAUGGGUGGGAAGAGCAAGACGCAGGAUGUUUUGGAUGAAGUUAUAAGGCGACUGUGAGAUAUUCGAAACAUCUAACAAAUUCCAUUACUGUAUAAUGUAGACACGAAAUGAAGUACGCAUACAUUAUU